CUUGCCAAUACAUACGCAAGGCACUGUUCGCCCUAUCACUCCUAUCAUGGACUUUUUCCUCACCUUACAAGAGAGGAGCAAUACGGACAUGCAAUCCAAGAUAUUCCCUGUCUUGGCGGAAAUCAUGACUCUAUCCAAAAGUAUCCCGUGGUUCCGUUUGGAGAGUACCUCCAGGUACACAACUGUCCCCCAGCACAUGAGAUGACCCAUUGGGUCCUUUCCGAUCCGGACGAAGCGUUGCUUAUGGUGCAGUCCUGGUUAUUCUUCGGUGUGCUUGAAGCUGCCUUGUGGGAUUCCUACGGGGGCUCGGCGCACUUUAAGGAGACUCCUGAAGGUAAGGUCAUCGACACGAAGCUGUUCAGGGCCCUGAAAACCUCCUGGGAGUUGAGGCUGAGCGGGCUCGGGAUGCCAAUUGCACAGUGGCAGGCCCUGUGGAAUGACACGCGUUUGAAAGCGGAAGCCAUUGUGUUUCGACUGGGAGGGCUGGCGAGAGGUGCACUUUUCGACAAAGCGUCUCUUCCAUUCGCUGUCAUCCCUGGCAUUUCCGACUCGGCCAAAGUCCUCUUGAAAUAUGGUGCGGUGAGCGAAUAUCGUGAAGGGAUGAAAUUCGUUGCCAUCUCCCACGUCUGGUCCGACGGUCUCAUGGGAACCUCUGAGACGGGUCUUCCAGGACGCCAGAUUCAGCAUCCUGCGAGCCUCGCCGCUGUCUCGGCGGAAAACUAUACGGAUCCUGUAUCCGAUCAGACCCCAUGGUUCCUCUGGAUUGACGCUUUAUGUAUUCCAGCGGAUUCGCGGGUGCGGAAACAAGCCAUCAGCAAGAUGAAACGGGUAUAUUCAGAAGCUUCGAUGACCAUCGUAUUGGACGAGGGCCUGUAUCACACUCCAGACCAUCUGACCGGGAGGCUAUUCUCAAAGAACAUCUACAUCUUGUUCUCUGCUGGGCUCGCACAGCUUUCUUCGCUUUUCCAAGAUGUCCUUGCAGGGACAGACAGACCGAUUCAUGACCACAGGCUGCAUGAUUUGGCGGAGUUAGUCGGGCUCUCUGUUGAUGAGGUUCGGCGCCUAGAUGAGUCCUGCUGCACGCGACCAUUCACCAACAUCGAAGCGCUCAUGCUGCGAGAGUUUCGGAGUCUUCCGUUCCUGACAAACAGGGAAUUGCGCAUCAGACAGAUCGCCCAAAUGCUGUCGUUGCGGGAUUCCUCCAGACGAGAGGACGAGCUGCUUGCCAUCGCUCCCCUUCUCGGAGGAGACGUCUCCAAGCUUAUACACAUGUCUGGCGAGGAGCGGGUCAAGAACUUCUGGCUGCAGCUUGGCGCUAUUCUCAAGGACGUGGUGCUGUUGGAAUACCCCAAGUUGUCGACUCCCGGCUUCCGAUGCUUUCCACGAACGAUGCUGGGUCAGAACCUCCAGAUGCCGAUGCACUGGGAAUACGAUGUUCGGAUCACCGAGAAGGGUGUCCGCGGUAGGUAUUGGAUCUAUCAAUGGUCGACUGACUGCAACCCGACUCGAGUCAACUGUAAUGGUACCAUCGUCGACCGGGAAGCUCGUCAAGUGAUCGAGUUCUGCCUGCACCAGCAUGAACCGAGGCGGAACACCGUGCCUAUCGACGCAAUUUUGCUUCUCGAUCAACCGGCUGACUACUCGGUGGUCCGGAAUCGGCCGUUUCGGGCCCUAGGUGUGUCUUCACCCGGUUCAUUCCACGAUGGAUGUGAGAUUUCCUGUCCAGGGAGGAUACUGAGUUGUUCUGCCGCUGCCCCGUUGACAGACUGGGAUGUACACCAAGGCGGCAUACUCGCCGCUGGAAGAAUCGCUGAAAUUAUUAUGGGGACAUUUCAAGCUGACUCAGUAAUUUAG